ACUGAGGGCUCCCUGUGGCCACACAUGUUACUGCAUCAGUAAAAGACACUGUAACCCUUUGCCAGUGGAGGAAGGUGCUAGAAAAGUAUCUGGCAUCCCUCUCCUUCAGUUUAAAGUAGCAACACAAUUACAAAUAAAAGGCAAAAUGCAUGUUUUGCUGUGCAGUGCCAGCAGGUGAAAAUGUCCUUCAGAGACUUAAGAAAUUUUACUGAAAUGAUGAGGGCCUUGGGCUAUCCUCGGUUGAUAUCCAUGGAGAACUUCAGAACACCAAACUUCACUUUAGUGGCAGAAAUCCUGAUCUGGCUCGUAAAGAGAUAUGAGCCUCAGAUGGUUAUUCCCACUGAUGUAGACACAGAGUCAGACAGAAUAUUCUUCAUCAAGGCCGUGGCCCAGUUUAUGGCAACUAAGGCUCACAUCAAGCUGAACACCAAGCGUCUGUACCAGGCCGAUGGCUACGCAGUGAAAGAGAUGCUGAAGAUCACCUCAGUGCUGUACAGCGCUAUGAAGACCAAGCAGAUGGCCCUGGGAGAAAACAUCGAGGAGGACAACAACAAGUUCAAGUUUGACCUCGGCUCACGGAUUUCAGAUCUUAAAGUAGCUCGGCAGCUGGCAUCAGAGGUCACAUCUAAAGGAGCCUCUCUGUAUGAUUUACUGGGAAAAGAAGUGGACCUAAGGGAAAUGAGAACUGCGGCCAUCGCCAGACCUCUGGAGAUCAACGAGACUGAAAAAGCCCUGAGAGCUGCAGUCAAGGAGGUUUUGGAAAGUGUGGAGAAGACCAAAGACAUGUUGAGUAACGUUGUUUCUGAUGAAACCAGUCUGGACAAUAAGAUUGAGAAGAAGAAGCAGGAGCUGGAGAGGAAUCGGAAGAGGCUCCAGACACUGCAGAGUGUCAGGCCGGCCUUCAUGGAUGAGUAUGAGAAGAUUGAGGAAGAUCUGCAGAAGCAAUAUGACACCUUUGUGGAGAAGUUUAGGAACCUCUCCUUCCUGGAGUCUCAGCUGGAUGAACACCAUAGACUGGAGCAGGAGAGGUUUGAGGAGGCUGAAAACACACUGAGAAUGAUGCAGCACAAACUGAGGGAGGAGGAGAAGGAUCUGAUGAGGAGUUCCUUGAAAGAUGAGGAUUCGGACAUGGACGAACCAGAGGACGAAGGUUCAGACAGCGACAUGGAAGAGUGUCGCCCUUCUAAGCCACGGCCCACACGAAACGGCGUUGUGGCAGGAAGAGGAGCUCGAUUCAUCGGGAACAUGCAGGGCGGGGACAGUGAUGAGACUGAAGAUAGCGAGAUCGAUGUGGACGAGGACGAUGAGGAAGAUGAGGAAGGCGAGGAGGAAGAGGAUGAGGAGGAGGAGAGCAAGGAUUUGGAGGAUGACAGUCUGGAGGGCCCAGUGUCGAGGGGUGCUCGCCCCUCCAGGGGGGGCCUGAAACCGCCCCUGCUGGAGGAGAGUGACAAUGACUUCUGAAUGAAGAGCACACACAUACACAUCAGAUUAGAACAUCUCAGUACUUAUAAUAUAUAUAUAUAUAUAUAUAUAUAUAUAUAUAUUAAUAUACAUUGAUUAUGUUCCAGCAGUUUAUUUCAACAUAAAGCGUUAAUAUAGUUACUAUUUUUCAAUAUUUGUGUAAAGUGUUUGCCUAAAUAAAAUAUUUACAAUUUAAAAA